UAGUGCCUUACCUAGGGCUUUCACAGUACUAACACCCCCAAGUCCCAAGUCCCAAGUCCCAAUUCCCAAAUCGAAGCUGCUCUCCUCCUCUCCGGCCUCCGCCAGUCCGCCGCACUCUACGUCUCCUGUCGGCUGUCUCCAUCUCAAUCCUCAUUCGACCUCAUUUCUCACUUCAUCAGUUCAUCACUGCCGUGCUGGUUUAUCGCUGCCGAGUGUCGAAGACGAAGCACCAAUCACUGCUCAUCUCUGGCUCGCUUAGACUCCAUCGUCGGCCUUCAGUCUCCCCAUUCCUUCAUUCGCCGACGUUGUCACCCACAGAUAGAGUGAAAGAUGCCAAUGGAGAAGUUGAAAAGUUCCAAGGGGAAGGAGAAGGUGGUGAAGGAGGAGGAAGACCCAAUGAAAGCUGAACAAGCAGCAGAAGAAGAAGAGGAUGAUGAAGGAGAUGAAGAAGAAAGUUCUAGCUCUGGUGAAAUAUUCUCGGACAUCGAGCUUUUGAAUGAGAAUCCAUCUGAAGACUCAUUGACUGAUACACAAUCAGAAUCGGUUGAGCUGACAGACGGUGAGGGUAAUGAUGUCUCAGAAGAUGAUGACUAUGGUGAAAGUAUGGCGGAGAGUGAUUCCUCUGAAGAUGAGGUUGCUGCUCAUAAUACAGUGGGAAAUGUUCCUUUUGAAUGGUACAAGGAUGAAGAGCACAUUGGAUAUGAUAUUGCUGGGAAGAAGAUUAGGAAGAAAGUGAGAGAGGACAAACUUGAUUCCUUUCUUGCCAGUGCCGAUAACUCUGAAAAUUGGCGCAAGAUUUAUGAUGAAUAUAAUGAUGAAAUAGUGGAGCUGACCAAAGAAGAAACUAGAAUGAUUCGUAGGGUGCUGAAAGGAAUGGCACCACACCCUGAAUUUGAUCCAUAUCCGACAGCUGUUGAUUGGGUCACCAUAGAUAAAGCUGAGCAUCCCUUCCCUGAUGCACCAGAGCCAAAGCGACGUUUUGUCCCUUCGAAGUGGGAGAGUAAAAUGAUUGUCCAGCUAGUACGUGGUAUUCGGAAGGGACUAAUAAAAGUCGAUGAUAAACCCAAAGAGGAGAAUCGUGUAUAUCUUCUAUGGGGUGAUGACCGUAACUUAACAGAGAGGCACCAUAUUCCUCCACCAAAACCUAAGUUGCCAGGUCAUGAGGAAUCCUACAAUCCUUCUUUAGAAUAUAUUCCAGCAGCUGAAGAGGUUAAAAAAUAUGAGCUUAUGUACGAGGAAGACCGGCCUAAAUUCAUACCCAAACGGUUUACAUCUAUGAGAAGUGUGCCUGCAUAUGAUAAAGCUGUUCGAGAAUCUUUUGACCGUUGUUUAGAUCUGUACCUGUGUCCAAGAACUCAAAAGAAACGUAUUAAUAUUGAUCCUGAGUCCUUGAAACCCAAGUUGCCGAGCCGUAAAGAUCUUAAACCCUAUCCAACCACAUGUUAUCUUGAGUAUAAAGGUCACAAGGGCCCUGUGGUAUCAAUAUCUACCGACUCUACUGGGCAAUGGAUUGCUUCUGGUUCUAAUGAUGGAACGGUGCGUGUCUGGGAGGUUGAAAGUGGAAGGUGUUUUCGAGUAUGGGAGCUGGGGGAAGCUGUCCAGCAUGUUGCCUGGAACCCUUCACCUGAACUUCCUGUCCUGGCUGUUUCUGUGGGACAAGAUGUGUUUCUUUUGAAUACUGGACUUGGUAACGAUGAAGUAAAUCGAAGGGUGGAUGAUCUUCUGCACGUCGAAUCACGCAUGGCACACGAUGAACCAGGUGCUAGUGAGGCCAUUAUAAGUGAGACCAUUGUGAAAUGGUCUCGAGAUGAUAAUCACGGGGCAAUCAGAUUAAAUCACUAUAAGACAGUGUCUUCUGUUGAAUGGCAUCGUAAAGGAGACUAUUUCUCAACCCUCAUGCCAUAUGGGGAAUCAAAGGCAGUAUUAGUUCACCAACUCUCCAAGGGGUUAACACAAAGGAUACCAUUCAAGUUGCAUGGGUUACCAGUUUCAACUGCUUUCCAUCCAACUCGUUCAAUAUUUUUCAUAUCAACAAAGAAGAAUGUCCGCAUUUAUGACCUGUUGAAGCAAAGGCUAAUCAAGAAGCUUGAAACUGGAGUACGUGAAGUCUCGUCCAUUGCCAUUCAUCCUGGUGGUGACAAUGUCAUUGUGGGUAGCAGAGAUGGAAAACUAUGUUGGUUUGACAUGGACCUGUCAUCUCAACCUUAUAGGGUUCUCAAUUGCCAUCCAAAGGACAUUACCAGGGUGGCGUUUCACCGUUCGUACCCUUUGUUUGCGUCAAGUUCUGAUGAUUGCACAGCAUAUGUUUUCCAUGGCAUGGUGUAUUCAGAUCUGAACCAAAACCCAUUGAUUGUACCAUUGGAGAUUCUUCGUGGGCAUGCUAGUGUGAAUGGAAGAGGAGUCCUGGACUGUAAAUUCCACCCUAGGCAACCUUGGUUAUUUACUGCUGGAGCAGAUUCUGUGAUCAAGCUCUAUUGCCACUAAUUAGAUGGUACGAUCGUCCUCAAAUAAAUGAGUUGUGGAUCAAGCGUCAAUAUGCGGCUAAGGCAAACAGGACAAAUUUUGACUUAUGUGAAUUGAGCUGUAUGCUCUUUCUCCGUCUUAUACGACAAUUAAACACAUACAGUCCAUUUAAAAUGAUGGACUAUUGACAUAUCAUUGUUGGUUGUUAAAGAUUUCCUCCUUUUUGCUCUGUAUCCAAUUUUGGUCAUGUAGGUUAUGAAAUGCGGAAUCCCAUUAUAUAUCUUUGUAAAAAGAAUGCUAGAUAUCAUCCUUUUUUGGGGAUGUUUGUUUUUGGUA